CCGACCUCAAAGUCAAAGACGCUUUCUCCCUCUUUCAACCGCCUCUGGUGCUGCAGCUGCAGGUGAGGCUUCGGGUCAGAUCAGACGAGAUGAGAGCCAGCCCUCCUGCCAGCCCUCACCCUGACGAGAUUCAUUGGCUUUGUAUGGCUGCACUCGCCUCCUACGUUGUACCUUGUCAUGGCUAUUCUAGGCGCCCACAGCAUUUACUGGUCAACUUCCGCAGGCCAUGGCCAAUUGCAUCUCCCAAUAAUGCUUUUGGUACCGCCAGAUUCCUUCAGCACCAGGUACCAACGCACUUGUUGCUGAUCAGGUCACAGAAGGCUGCACAAAGGCCGAUCGUGAUGUCUGCGUUGCACAAUUAUCAGAUCCUGAGACGUAUCCUCUCCCGGGCAACCCAAUUAACGCUGCUGAGGCCGUUUCCCGAUCAAACUGUUGUGACGGGAGACAUACUGAUGGACAGCAGAGAGCAUAGCGCCCAUGGAGCUCCUAUCCUUAUGCCAUUCCACUCUAACACAACAGCAUGCCACCACGCCACAAGCGAUUCCGUUGUGACGGGUUAUGUGCCCCAUGCAGUGCGCAUAUUUGUGGAUGAUGCAGUUUUUUGUCUUGCUGAGCCUGAAGGCAAAUAUUUGAAGCUCUGCCGAGGCCUUCCAUUUCUAUUCCUGUUCUCUGCUCACGCACUCUGCGAAUCCUGGAGGAUCGUCAUGUUUAAGAGGGGUGCGCGGUGGUCACCUGGAACCUUUCCUUGUCACGAAGCACAAUGCAAUCGAAGCACCCAUAAACCUAAUGCGGCAUGCCACGCAUCUCCAGCUUCAGAGCUCCAGCACCCCAGAAUCCAGAUCCUCAGAUAGGCAGAGGGAAUAUAUCCUCUUCCCUUCCACCAGCUUCAAUAAAGUUUGGAGAUUUCCUCCAGAAUACAAAAAACUCUAAAAUCACGUCCCGAUCCUCUCCCUUUGAUGAAACAACCGCCGUUGCCCAAACCAGCAUGGCGCCGGUUGAGCCCUGCACUCUCAACUGAGACCUCAUGUUCGUUUCUGGUCAGGGGUGCCGGCUGGCUCAAUGAACUGUGGUGGCGAGCAGCGUGGACGUGAUGGUAGACUUGAAAAUUUGAGAGGAGAGCCUCCUUUCUUUGUACAUACAGAUUAUGUUAAAAGCCCGCGGCACUCAAUCCUACACGGCAUUCUUGCCAAUAUCAAAUAUUAAAGCGGAUUCGGAGUGCUGACUGGACGUUGAUGUUGAACCUCAGACCCCCUUCUUGAC